AUGCUCCACGCGUAUUGCAUACUCGUCCUCCUGGGAUGGAUGAGCCUGCUCGCGAGUGCAAGCUCUUCUUCUCCCCCCACCACAGCUGCGGUCGCGACUCUCACCCCGCUGGCUUGCACGGCGUCUGGGAAGAUGGCGUGCCAUGCCCCUCAGAGGUUCUGCCCCUGGUGCUCCAAUUUCGCAAAUGCGCCUACCAAGAACUACUGCAACGCGAUCGUGCAGGUCCCCGAGACCCUCGGCAGGGUGUUCACGUACCCGACCCUGAUCUUCAACGACGAUUGGACGGUCCUGGUGAAGACCGAGACGAUCAUCGAAUCAACUCUGUCCUACUCGUGGCACUUUCCCGACCUCGACCUGGAAGCCAACAGAAACAUCGACGUAGUGUUCAUACCCAUGACCCCGAAUAGCACAGAUCACCCGCCCAAGUUGGUUUACAACGAGCCCUACUACACUCAUGAUCAGCCUUGGUACAAGUACACAAAGGCUGGCGAGCUGAUUCCCGGCGUGCAGUCGACCAUUUUCCACACCGUGUUCAUCUGCAAGGCAUGGGAUGGUAACAGAGAAGAAGCCAGCUUGUGUAUCACCGCGGCCACGGUGUACCUCGGCAGCAUCUCAUUCAUCGCACAGCAGAGGCUCCCUAUCAAGGUCCGGCCCGGCCCGGCAAUCUUGGUCACAUCAGGCGUGAUGUUUCGCCAACUCUUCCUCAGCCUCUUUGCGCUGGCAGGCUUAGGCCUGAUGGCCGGAACAUAUGGUUCGCCCACUCCGGUCCCGGACCCGGGCCCGACAUCGACGGUUUCGGCAUCGAGCGCCUGCAGCACAACGACGACGUCGGCGUCCGCGACCGCGACGGCAUCCGCGACCGCGACGGAAUCCGCAGCCAGGUACUGCCCCUGGUGCGGCGACCUGGCCGCGGCGAACCAGACCAACUACUGCAACGUCGUGGUGCAGCUGCCCCAGCGCCAAGGCAAACUGGCCACCUACCCCGUCCUGACGUUCAACCAUGAUUACACACGUCUACUGGGCGUUGACUUUCUCUCGUUCGGUUGGCAUAAGCCGUUGAGCUGGGUUCUGGACCCCAGUUUGAAUGGGGACAAGGCACUCUGGGUGUAUUUCCUGCCCAUAGAGAGCGUCUGGAACGUGACCGACAAGCCAGGCACGUUGGUGUACAGCAAGGUUGGAUACAGCCACGACGAGAGCCAGUGGAAGAAGCUUGAGGGCGCCGGGGAGGUCGAGCCGGGCAUCCAGUCGAACCUGUUCUACACUGCCUUUAUCUGCAGUGAUCCGUCUUGGCGCAGGCUGCUCAUGAUGCAAGCCCCUGGCUCCCGCGUCGCUCUGCAGGCGCAGCAACACGACCAUGCAAUCUGGGCCCCCGAGGACUUUACCCGGAGUUUCUUCGGCGCCGGAGAGAUGGCCCCCGGGCCCUGGUUUGGGUCAGCGCCGGCAACCGGCAAGGGUGCCUAUUGGCAGAAUUGA